AAAGAAUAUGCAAGAGUACUCACAACUAAGAAAAAGAAGUAGAUUUUACAAAAGAAAUAAGUUGCCAAAUUGGACUAAGAACUCAAAAUAUAAAUAAGCAGACUAGCGUGAAAUAUCCAUUGAUCCCUAGAAUUCUUCCUAAAACUGAGUCAUUUUCUUCGAGACAGAUGAGCAUCCUCACUAAAUAAAGGAGAGACAAAAUUCAAAAUAAAGGGUCUGCAUGGACGGAAAAUGCUGCAAUCUCAAAGUCAACCUAAGAUCUCUUUACAAGGACAAGCUUCUAGAAAAAAUUGGCCAAAUUCUUUAAAUAAGGAUAUAAUAUCUAAAAACUCAACUCCUGAAAUCAACAACACUGUUAGCCUUAAGUCACUCAAAAGCUUCACGAAUCAACAUAUCAUCACUAAAUUCAAAGGAAAAAUUAUUGAGAAUGAAAGAGCCACUUCUGAACCUCCAAACAUCUCAAAUAGAAGAGAUUAUAAAAAAUGAAAAAUGAAAGACAUUUAUGAUAUUAGGGAGCCGAGUAUGCAUCCUUACAUAACACUGAACCCAACACCUAGAGCAAGUCAACUUGGCAAUGAGCAAUUACAAAAGCUAGAAGAGCCACCCUUAGUGCUAUCAAGUGAAGCAAACAAAUUCGCUUACAUCCCAAAAAGGAAGGAAUGCUGUUGGAAUAUUCCUAAGUUUCCUUUCUCAGCUAUAAGUUUCCAAAACAAUCCCAAAUAUGAUAACAUCAACUCCGGGUUACAAAGCCCUCAAAAGCAUAAAUAAGUUCUACACUCAGCGUUCAGUGCGCACAGGAGAAUUAAUAUCAAAACCUUCGUCAAGUAGACCCGGCUGAUUAAAACCAAAAGAAGCAGAAUAUUCGAAAUUCUUUAAGACGAUAUUCAUGACACCAAGAUACAAGCCAUUUAAAAUCUGGAAAUCAGCAAACAAAGGAAUCUGAAUCAGAAAUAAUAAACCUUAAGUAAGCAUAGAAGUUCGUAGUUA